AUGAAAGGAGUGGUUUUCCUCCCCAGGCGACUCUACCCAGAGGUUCGAGCGCUGUGGAACCCACCAGUAGCGGCGGACCACGUCGCUUACGCGGAAUGCAAGGAAUUCCUGGAAUACUUGCAUACGACGUGGUUCGACGGUCCCUAUAAAGAUAUGUGGAACAAAUGGGAAAUAGUAGACAUUCGGACUACAAACACCGCCGAAGCGUUCCACAAUCGCUUGAACGUCACAUUCGGAAAAGACCAUCCGAGUCUCACGCUGAUAGAGAAGCUGAAGUAUAUAGAUUUUGAAGCUAAGUGUACCCUGCGGUGGAUGAGAGGUAGCACCCCAAUGAAGAAAAGCAUCUCAGGAAACGAGACCGCGAGCGCAGGGAAAAUAUUGAGAGGAGCAUGA